GUUGCUUCUUGGUUAAUAUUUCGAAAUGAAAGUUGGCAUCGUGAACGCAGGCAAUAUUGGCUUGCGCCUGGCCUUUCCCUGGGCUCGCCUGGGUUAUCAAGUCAUGCUCAGCAAAGAUACGCAUCCGGAACUGCUUCGAGGGCGCGUCCAAGAAUACGCCUUGCAAAAUGGCAUCGGGGAGGAUGUGGUAGCUCGGUUUAAAUACGGUUCGAUAACGGACGCUGCGAAAUUCGGUGACAUUGUGAUUUUGUCCGCUUAUUUCCCACGGCUGGCUCAUAUCCUGGAAGAGCUCCAAAACGACAGCAUUACGCUUGAAGGGAAGAUCGUGAUUGAUACAAUGAAUCCUCUCAAUGUGGAUGCCAAUUUCAAUCAUUACCAUGACCUCGAGUACAUGGACAGAACUUCGGUUACGGAGGAGGUUCAGAGGGCUUUUCCAAAGGCAGUACUUUUCAAGGCCUUUAAUUCUAUUCCUGCACCACUCUUGGAAGCACAGAAAUGGGCGUCAUCCGGUCGCGUGCCGUCUAUAAUCUUUAUUGGUGGAGUCGAAUCUUCAACUGGUAUCGUUCGAAAGCUGAUCGAGGACGCUGGGUUCAAGCCCCAGUUUGCGGGCUAUGACUUGAAUAAUUCCAGGUUGUUGGAGCGGAUCGGUAUAUUGUUACAUCUGCUAGUGGAGAACGAAUAUGGGGGCAACUUCAAUGUCGUCUUUGAUGUCUUGGAAUGGAAGGCCUGAGGGCUGGUCCUACAGUAUCGUUGGCGUGGAUCAUGUAAACAGGCUGCUUUGGAGCUAUGAUUAUUAACCUUCCGGUCCUCGUGUCUGCUUAGAACGCCUCUUGACUGUCUGGAUCAUUGAGUAGCCAGUAACUAU